AUGGAUGAAAGUUCAGUACCUACUGAACUGCGUACCUCACCUGAUAGUGAUGAUUCAGCAAAGAAAGGCAAAGGCAAAGGCAAAGCUAAAGGAUCACCAAAAGAAAAAGGAAGUCCUAAGGGGUCAGCAAAAGAAAAAGGAAGUCCUAAAGGGUCACCAAAAGGAAAAGGAACUGCUAAGGGGUCAGCAAAAGGAAAAGGAACCCUUUCUCUUAUUUCAGUUAAAAAAGAAGAGGAACCUGAUCUAUCUAUGGCAAGCAUGGGCCACCCAGAAAUAUUUCCCUUGGUCCUCACUGAAAAAACACAAGAAAUAUUUAAUUGCUCUGCUGAUGUAGAUGUAACAGCUGAAAAUCCUUACAAGCUCAUUAAAAAGGAAGAUAUUAUUAAUGACAUGAAGACAAGAGCUGCAAUUUCUGACUUCCACCCUAUCAAAAAAGUUAUACUAGAUUAUCCUGGCGAAGAACUCCUGCUAGUCUUUGACAGAGAAUUAAAAUAUGGACAACUCUUUCAUCUUAUUGCAACCGAAGAAGCUAAGGAAAACCUUUUAAAUCCACCAGAGCCAGAGGAAGAGGAAGAAGUGAAAGAAGGGGUGCCUGAAGAAGUUUAUAAACCUCCUGUGCGCAAACCUUGGGUUUCACUCGGAAGUGAAAAGGAAAUUGAAGAAGAAUCAGUCAGGGAAUCAAUAAGGAGGAUUAAAUAUAUGAUUUCUCGGCCACACAAAGAAUUUGGGAUUCGGGUUAAAUUCCAAAACAGAAAUGCCACACUUGACAAACAUGCCUAUGUGGAUUGCAUGCCCUAUCAAGAUAAGAACUUCACCAUUCGGCAGCUGGAGAAACAUAUUGGUGUUCAGGUAGUCCCAGAAGAAGAAAAUACCGGAACUCAGACAAAAUGGACCUAUCCCAAAAAUGCAACGACACAAUAUUACCCGAGAGAAUUUACAGAAUAUGAAAAGGAGGUAUACUUGUCAUCGGACGAGUUGAAAAACUUUAUCGUGUCUGUGGCUUUACGAGUUGAAAUAGCUCUACAACAAAAUGAAAUCAUGAAUGUUUUUUUCGAUGACUGGAAAGCUCUUGCAGAAGAGGAAAGUGGUUUUGCAGGUAAAUCUGAUGUUACCAUGAAGGAAUAUCAGUCCUUUACAGAUCUGCAUUAUCUCAAGGACAGAACUGUUAGCUGCGUCUGCUGGCACCCGACCAUUUAUGGAAUAAUUGUUGUAGCAGUGACGGAGCGCCUCUCUUAUGAGGAACGAGUAGCUCAGUCUGGGAAAUUGCUCUUAUGGAAAGCCCCAAUUCUGUUCUGGAGUUUUGCUGACCCCAUUCAUCCUCAGCUGAUGCUGGAGUGCCCUGAAGAUGUUUAUUGCUUUGAGUUUUCUCCAAAUGAUCCCAACAUCAUUGUUGGAGGCUGUCUCAAUGGACAGGUUGUGUUGUGGGAUAUUUCAGAAUAUGAAGAAAGGUUAAAAAGUGCCAAAUCAGGCACUACUACUGGCACAACAGUUAAUGUGCCCAGUUUCAUACUGGAACAACAAAUGGGGAAGGAGCCACACUUGGCGAGGUACUGUGCAGUCUCAUCUAUAGAAUAUGGCCAUAAAUCUAUAAUAACGGAUAUACACUGGCUGCCAGAUUUUUUUGAGGUCAACAGGAUGGGUACUGUUUUUGAAAAUAGAGCUGGAAUUUGUGUGCAGCUGAUGACCUGUUCACCAGACUGCACAAUAUAUGUUUGGGAUCUCCGAACUUACAGGCCUGCCUUACAACCUUCACUUGAGAAGAAAAAGGAAGAGGGUAUUAUUAAUGUUCCACCUGAUGUGCCCACCACCUUCAAACACCUUGACCUUGCCUGGAAACCUAUCAUAAAGAUCAAUCUGCCCAAGGCAGAUACAAGUGCUGAAUAUAGUCCAAUAAGAUUUAGCUUCAGAGAAGAGCACUAUCACACCAAAAUUCAAGACAAAACAGCCAUCCCAAACAAACAAAGCAAAGAGGAACCCAUAGAAAAAAUUCCAUAUGCAGAGAUCCAGGGCACAACAAUGAAACCUCUUAAGCUACUGGAAAAUAUAAAUACCAGCUUUUUUGUUGGAACUGAGGACGGUGAAGUUCUUUAUUCAGACUGGAAGAUGGAAAGAGACGGUGACUCAGGAAGAUUGCUUAGCCAGAAACCAUCUAACAUACACAGCAUCCAUGAUGGACUUGUUCACACUGUGCAAAGAUCACCAUUUUUCAAAGAUAUCAUUCUCACAAUCGGAGGCUGGAAUUUUGCAAUAUGGAAAGAAGGUGUUACGGGUGGACCGCUCCUUAAGUCAAACUGUGCAGCAAAGAGGUAUACUGUUGGACAUUGGUCUUUAUCAAGACCAGGAGUUUUCUUUAUUGGAAGAGAAGAUGGAAAUGUUGACAUUUGGGACCUAUUGGAGAAAACACACGAAGCAUCUCAGACCCAAAAUAUCAGCAUUGCACAUAUUACUUGUGUUAAGCCCUGGAUCUAUUCUUCAAAGCAACACUUCCUAGCAGUUGCUGAUGAUUUUGGCACCUUGCAUAUUUUAGAAAUUUCAUGGUCAUUAAUUCACCCUUCCAGCAAUGAGCGUUCCAGCGUUCUUCAUUACUUUGAGCGAGAAGUCAAACAUCUGGAGUAUUUUGAGCAGCGGCAGGAAUUCAGAGAAGAAGAAAGGGUGGCACUUGAGCAUGAAAAGCUGAUGAAGAGAACGAAAGUGGUUGGUGGUCAGCGAGAGUUAAUGGAAGAACAGACCAAUCAAAAUUAUGUAGAAUUUUUGGAUUUGGAGAAAGCCAUAUUAGUUCGACUUGGAUUAAUCAAGGGACCAGAUAAAUUUAGCCCCUCGAGAAAUAUGUAGUUUUACCACUACU